CGCCCCCUCCCUUUGCCCCACCAUGGAUAACAAGCCUCUGCUGCAAGAGCGACCACCUGCCUACAACCUGGAGGCCGGCCAGGGCGACUACGCUUACGGGCGGCACAACUACGGGGCCAUCCCGGGCGCCCCUGCCCAGCCCGGGCUGCAGCCGGGCUUCCAGCCGGGCUACCAGCCCGCGUUCCAGCCCCCGCCGCCUUACUCUUACAACGCUGCAGGUCGGCCUGCAUAUGCACCUGGAUCCUACAAUAUUCAACCACAAGGUGUGUUCCAGCCUUCCAGUGCCAUAGUAGUUGUUGGAGGUUGUCCAGCCUGCAGAGUUGGUGUUUUGGAAGAGUCCUUUACCUGCCUAGGUAUCCUCUUGGCCAUACUUUUCUUUCCCAUUGGACUUAUCUGCUGUUUUGCAUUGAGAAGGCAAAAAUGUCCUAACUGCGGAGUAGUUUAUCUUUAAAUGGAACUAUACAUCCCAGCUUUCCUAUCCCCACUUUUCUUUUUCUAAUGUAAAUGUAUUGUAAAAUAGCUUUAUUUGAUCAAGUAUCAGAACUGUUUUGUAAAAUGUGAUGAGAUAGCCAGUGUUUCUUGGGCUUGUGGCUUGCAAAAUAUGGGGAAAAAAAGUAAAUUUGCUUUCAAGGUUAAUGACAACUUUGAUUUAAAACACAGCUGCUGCUUUUUUUUUGUUUUGCAAUUUUCACUUUGUGCAAAUUGAGAAAUGCUGUUUUUAUAAAUGAGGUUCAUACUAUUUUAACUGGCCCUGUUUAAUUUGAUGUUUGCACAUUGUCACUUCUGUAUAUUUUUAAAAAAUAAAGUUAACUCAUCUCCA